GCUAAUUUUGACUGUAGUUAAUGUUAAUGCGUUUCGAUUCAUGUUAAAUGAUGAUGACAUGAACGAUCUUUCGUUAGACUUUUGUGUACCAGCUGAGUUAGCCGAUCGUGGAUCGCGGAUCGAAAAGCGAAACAAACAAGUUGUAGUAGUUUGAACUGUUUUUACCAUGUACACAGUGUUGUGCGUUAUUCUGUGUUGGCUGGUAGCAAGUGGAAUGGUUGUGACCGUCAUGCUUGAGUGUGAAAACGCCUGCACCAUAUCGAAUUGGACUCCCGGCGUAGAAGGUUUAUCCGUGUUGAAUAAUAUUCCGAACAACAUCCAGCAUAUCCACUUUCGCUACUUGAACAUUACUACACUCGAUUCCGAUCUGCUUGAUCGAAUGAAGAUAUCUAACGACGAAACAUUUCACGCAACCAUACUGCACUCCCCAAUACAACAAGUCUAUCUGUCGUCACGCACCAACAUAACAAGUCUGAUGUUGCUGGACACGAAUAUCAGUCACAUAGAAAUUGAACCGCACAAUCCUAAGCUCGAGAUUCUCACCAUUAUGCAGAGCCGGCUCCGGAGUGUACCGGACAGCAUUAAACAGCUGGCCGUGGUGAGAGUUAUUGAUGUCAUAGGAUCUCUUGUAGAUUCUGUUGACUUGAGCCUGUUUUGUAAGUUGCAACGCCUACAGAUUCUCAGCUUAAUGCAGAACAAAAUCACCUUCCUCAAUUACUCCCGUACCUCCGGUGUGGAAUUUCCGAGGCUACGAGAGAUUUUUCUGGUGAAUAAUCUACUCACCACGGUUACCAUGAAUGAUUUUAACGGCAUGAAGCUACUGAGGACAUUAGAUCUUUCGAACAAUCGCCUCCACAGUCUGGAGGGUCAGUUGCGCUUAUCAAGCCUAACACUGCUGAAGCUAUCUCACAAUCGCUUCACCGAGUUAAGCUGUUGCGGCUGGAACUUAAGUAGCCUGACGAAUCUGGAUAUAAACAAUAACACCUUGCAGCGACUUCCGACUUGCAUGGAAGACACGAUGCCGACCGUGGGUUACUUAAGCCUGGUCUCGAACGUACUCUCCAGCGACGACAAUAUGUGGGACAAGCUGGCAAGGUUGAACCAGCUAACACUGCUCGAUCUCAGCUACAACCGUCUAACCAGUAUGGUAUGGGACAACGUAACCCUCUCAACGCGCUACAUAAACAUUCGCAACAAUCCGAUGAAAUAUCUUAAUAUACCGAUGGCCAUAGAUGGGUUCAAUGUUGACAUGGGAUGCACCACGAUCGAGCAGCUCGAGCUCAGUAGCAGGUCGUUCAAUGAUACCCUCAGCGGGAUUUACUGUAUUCCGAUACGCUGUAGCUGGCAUAGUGAGGUAGCAUACACUGGGAACCAGUUGAAAUGUGACAAAAUUAUGGAAGAAUGCAAAAUGUGCGUUUAAGGCAGGUUGCUGGGUGUGGGAUCGCUAUCGAGGCAUACUGCAGCAGCAGCAUAAAAAAGUACAAGGUUUGUGCGUGAAAUGAAUCAAUUAUUCGAAGUAGAAAACAUUGCGCACAGUGGAAAUUUACCGAAAUAAAACGAAUUCGUGAUGUUACGC